GAGUCGCUCAGACCCUUACUAGAUUAGAUUUAGUGCGGUUGCUUUUUGUAUUUCGUGUGAAGUUCAGUUCAGUGCCAACUUUGCAAACAUGAAGGCCGUCGUAAGUGCAGUGUGCUCCGAAAACAGUGUUGCAUCAAUCAACGGAAAAGUGACAAAACGCAAGGAUAUCGAGAACGAGGAGAUACAGAUGUAUCUCAGCAAGCUGAAGGAUUUGGUUCCGUUCAUGCCGAAAAAUAAGAAACUCUCCAAAUUGGAGGUUAUUCAGUAUGUCAUCGAUUAUAUUUGUGAUCUUCAGAGUGCUUUGGAAACGCACCCAGCAGUUAACGCUUUCGACGCAGCUUCGGCCCUUAGCCAGAAAAAAUCGCAAGCAGCGGCGAGUCCUCGACAGCCCUUAGGAGUGAGGCCCAGUCCGAAUACGAUACUCACCCCCUGCGAAGCGCCAAUUCUGCAAAAUAUCACGACGGCUGAAGCUCUUACGGCAUCAGACAGGCAGAUCUCUUGCUGAAAUUCAAAUGAUCGUUCUCAUCAUCAUGUUCAUCUCAUUCCAAUUCCCUUGGAAAUUAUCUCGAGGAAAGGUGCAAGCGAGGUUCCAGGGGACGACUGAAUAUCAUUUAUUUAUAUUAGAAAGGAGUGACCUAACGAAUGUCUGAGGACUUUGUGUGGAAGCCGCGUAAAAGAGAAGAGCACUAGUGAUGUACCUGUUAUGUUGCAAUUUGUUAUUUAGAUUUUAUUUUAUUGUUUUGUACAUAAGAAAAGAUAGUCGGGUCGAUAACAAUCUCAUCGUAGUUUUCUUUUGGUACGGGUUUCAAAAUUUCAGGAAUUUUGAUGCUUUGCCAAUAUCACAGAUUAUUUUGUAAUAAUUUAAUUAUUUGUGAGUUUGCAUUCUGUGAUUUUUUUAGUAUAUAAUUGUGUACAGAAGAAUUUAGAGUUGGAAACACAACUUCCAAUGGGUCAUUUGAUGGUCUGUUGGUCGGUUGUGGAAUCGACUGUGUACAUUUUUGUUCUAGAAAAACUUUUGUAAAUAGUUACCUAUAUAGCGACUUGAUGUUGAAAAAUUUUAUUAUUCUAUAGAGAUAUUUCAUUACAAAUAAAUGAUUAUGAUUUUAUGAAGA